CUGAGAAGAGUUAUCGUAUUUAAAAGCAGGUUUCUGCGAACGUACUAUAUCGUUAUUGUAUACAUUCAAAAUGGAGACUGUUGUAAGCGAGAAGAAGAGAAUCCUAUGAAAGAACUGGGACUGAUUUCUAUCUCUCUUUCUCUCUCUUACUCUAAGCAUAUAUAUAUAUAUAUAUAUAUACUCCUUCCUUUCCUUACCAUUUCUACUUUACCUCGUCCGGUUUAAGACUCGAAGCCGUUCUCCAAUACACAGAAGAAGGAGGCUUCUAUUUGAUUUCUUUCUUUGAGAGUUCCUUGAUACGUGGCCAUCGCGAUUGUGGCGCCAACCAACGUCAAGGAUCGGCAAGGAAUGAUCUCUUUCGCGCCAGCUGUUAGCUGUCGUCGUCUGCGAGUCUCGAUUGGUGCACGUGGUCUGUCAUAUCCUUCUUUUAUCUUUUAGUGUCACUCGAGAAUCAUACGAACGUAGUACGAUCCUGUCUCUAUCUGUUAUCAAAUAAUUCUUCGUUAAACAGUGCUUUUGAGUUCUUGGAUCGAUAACAUUUUUUUAAAAAUAAAUCAAAAAGGAAAAAAACGAAAAGAGAGAAAGAGAGAGAGAAAGAGGGGAGAAAGGAAUAAGUAGAAAAUUAAAUAAAUGGAAAAGAAGAAGACGUAAUGGUGAGAUAAGAAGGAAAGGAAGGGGAAUUGUUUUUGACAAAUAGUGUAAUUCAAGUAUCACGUAGUAGAUAAUCAAUGCUCGACAGAUGACGCUCGUGACGUUGAAGAAAAUUGGCGGGAAUCUUUUGAGAAGAUUUAUUUUAUCAAUGAAUGAAUGAAUGCAUGAAUGAAUAGAUGAAUGAUCGAUCGAAUGAAAGGAAAAGAUACACAAACAAACAGAUAAAUAUAAAAGAAAAAGAAACAGAGAUAAAACAAGAGAGAUAUGAAAAUUGAGAUGUCUGAAACAACAGAUAAAAAUAUAUUGUCGUCGAGAUCUAUGUCGCAAGGAUCGAGGAUCUGUCAGGAACACGAUUACCAAGAGGAUGAACAUUGUUUGAAUGAAAAUGAUCAUGAUUUCGAGUCCUUGGAAUAUGAAGAAGACGCUUAUUAUUCGAAUUCAACGACAACACCAAGUUUCGAUGAUAUCGACGAGCUAUGCGACGAUGCCGAAGAGAUUUUCGUUCAUUGUUGGCGAGAUUCGAACGGAGAAAUCGAUGAGAUCGUAGUAGACGAUGUCAAUUUCUCGAUUGAAGCGGAACAUCUAAAAGCUGAGGAAGUCAAGAAAUCGGGUGUACGUGGAUUUCGAAAGAAAAGAUCAGUCAGAGUGAUAUUUCAAGAUUUUUCCAAACCGUAUCUUGCGAAGAUCAUCAACAGUCAGAAUUAUAAGAAGUUUUUAGAAUUGGUGAAAGGAGAGGAUGCCUCUCUUCACCCAGCUGGUUCUCUUUCUCCAUCAGCUGACAAUGCAGCGAACGAGUUGCAAGGACUCACUUUGGAGGAACAAGAAAGUCAGAGAGCUGUUUGGAACGCGGAACUUACUAAGAUCGAAGAAGAGAUAAAUACACUCAGGCACGUAUUGGCGAGCAAGGUGAGGGUUUCUCAAGAACUAAAGAGGAAGUUGGGCAUCAGCGUUUGGAAAGAACUCACCGAUGACGUGAAUCAGGGCUUGAAGAACGUUAAGGAGAGUCAAGUUUAUCAGAACGUUGGAGAGAAACUCGGUCAGUUCAGCAAGGCGAUUACCGACAACAGUUUAUUCCAAAAGACGGAAUCGGUCUUCAAAAGUACAGCCGAGAAGACAACGAGCAUUCUUGGUGGUUUUGGUAGUGGCAUUUCUAUGAAAUUAGGUCAGAUGCGUAAUUCGGAUAGUUUCCGUUCUUUGGAAGAAAGAGUUGGAUCUGCAUAUGAAAAUGUUAAGACAAAAGUCGUGCCUUCGAGAUCUAAUUCAACGCAAAGCUUCGACGAUGCAUUACGAGAAGCAGAAGCAACGAGACGUGCAUCAGCAGCACCAUCAGCAACCAGUCCGACAAUUCCUGAGGACAAACUUCUCUCUUAGAGUUGACUUUGAAUUCUUAAUGGUCACCUAUCUCUCCUUUUCUGCGCUACACACGCCAACGAUUAUAUGAUAUCGAUUGUAAACGAUUUACGAUCGACUAUCUCUAUCUCGCCCUAUGCUCUAUCACUAAUUAAUUAAUCGUCCAUUGCAUUUUUUUAUUAUCGGGAACUAAUCCACCGAAUCAAGUGUACGGUUGGAGAGAACGUAUAUUAUUAUUAUUAUUAUUAUUAUUAUUAUUAUUAUUAUUAUUAUUUUAUUAUUAUAAUUAUAUUAUUAUUAUUAUUAUUAUUAUUAUUAUUAUUAUUAUUAUUAUAUUAAAGGAAGGAAAAAGAGGACCAUGAGCCUACAAUAACAAAAAAUAACGAGGAAGAUUUGCCGAGCUCUUUGCCGAUCGUUUUAUAAUUAUUAUUAAUAUUAUUAUUAUUAUUAUUAUUAUUAUUAUUAUUAUUAUUUUCUUUAUUUUUAUUAUUAUUAUUAUUAUUAUUAUUAUUAUUAUUAUUAUUAUUAUUAUCGAUUAUCGAUUAUUGAUUAUUGUUAUUAUAUUUUUCUUUUUAUAUAAUAUGAUUAUGUAUUCUGCAACGCCACGAGCAAUAACGUUAUCAGCUGAAAAAAUAAGAAAAAAAAGAAAAUUAUUUUUAUUGAUGGAGAUUUGGACAAAACUAAAAGAAUGGUAUUACGCGUUCAAAGUAAAUGACGUAUUAUGCUUGCGUGAUUAAAAAAUGUUGACGAUAAAAACGAUAAGUUAAAUUCGCAAUUGAAAUGGAUAUUUCGACAAGUUUUUUUUCUUUUUCUUUUUUCUUUUUUUCGUUCAGUGACAAUGCAUAUUUCGUCCCGUUCUUUUUUUUUUCAUUCGUUCGUUCAUUUGUUUCUUUUCUUUUCUUUGCAUUCUUGUAUUCUUUUUAUUCCUAAUUUUUGUUCCGUGAAAAAAAGCGAUCUUUCUUUCUUAUUUACUAUGAUAUAUAUCGUUGAGAUUUUAUAGCGCUAACGUGACAAGUAGGUUGGUGAUCGGUAGAUCAAGGAGCUUUUUUUUUUCCUUUAAUAAUAAUUUUAAUGAUUUUUCUUUUCUUUCGCUUCUUUUUUUUCUGACUCGUUUUGCACUUCUUUCUUGUUUUUUCUUUUUUUUUGAAAAUAGAUAUGAUAUUUCAAGCGAAAAAUUAUAUUUUUUGUUGGCACUUGCUACGCGGACACUGGUAAUUUUUAUUUUUAUUUUGAGUAUAUAUAUAUAUAUAUAUAUAUAUAUAUAUAUAUAUAUACGGAUCAUUUUAAUAUUGAAAGUAUAUAGUUGAGAUAAAUAGAAAAAAGAAAGAAAGAAAGAAAAAAAAACACCAAUGUACAUCCAAUUAUAUUUCGAUGAAAUCAUUUUUCUUUUCUUUUCUUUUCUUUUUUGUUCCUUAUGCACCUUAAUUUGACGACAUUAAACUUUGACUAUACACACUUAUAAAAAAUAUUAUUGUUUUAGUUUAUUUUACUUCUCUUUUUUUGACGAGGUCGUUCUUUUUUUCUUUUCCCUUCGUUCUUUUUUCUUGUUCCACUGUUUUAUUAUUAUUAUUUUUUUUUAUUUUUUUUGAUUUUCAAACAAACGUCAGUCGUUUGAAAAACGAUUAUCGACGGUAAUAAAACUAUUUUUAACGAUCGUGGACCAUACCCGUCCUUCGACAAUACUACUUAACUACUCACAAGUACGUGGAAUGCGAUCGUUCACUGCUAUAUACACAUACAUAAAUACAUAUACAUAUACAUAUAUAUAUAUUUUAUUGCAAAUUUAAUUUCAUCAUCGAUAUAUAGCAACAAAAGGUUUGCUUGCCAAAUAAAUCAAUCGUUCUUCAUGCUCUACAGUUUUAACUGGAUAAACAAAGAGAAACGACCAAGAAGGAGCGAGGAAAUAAAUAAAUAAAUAAUUAAAUAAAUUAAUUAAUUCCAAUAGUUAUAAACACUGAUUAACACAUCGAAUAAAAGCAAUUUCUAAUAAUUAAUUUUCUAAAACGGCAAAAAUUGCGAGAAAUAUUCUUAAGACACUGUUCGUAAAACGUUAAUAUGAAGAAGAACAAAAAGUUAUGAAUUAGGAAUGUUCUAAUAAGAGAAAAAAAGGGGGGAAAAAAGAAAGCAAAGAGAGAUGACAAUGAUUUGUUGAAAACGAUGUAAUAAUGAUAUACUUACACCGGGGUAAGUACUAUAAUAACUAAAUUACGAAUUAAUUAAUAACAAUUUCGAAAAGGAAGCGAGCUAUGCUAUGUGAAGCCUUACAGACGUAUAUAAAUAUAUUUUCUAACAAGCUGCAAAGGAUCGAGAAAGAGUUGAAUAGAAAAAAAAAGGAAAUAAAAAAAGUAAAUAAAAGAAGAAAAAGAAGAAAGAAGAUUAAACGAAAGAAAUGCACGACGAAGAGGGAAGAAAAAAGU